AUGCCAGAGUAUACGCUCGAAAAUCUGCCCAGGAAGGCGACCAUCGAGGAGCUCUCGGCGUAUCUUGCAAAGGUUCAGGUUUCGUUUUCCAGUGUCGGUCCAAUCCACAAGGCCGGAAAGGGGUCUGUCGCCAAGGUAGUGUUACCAAAAGACAUCGACCUCCGAAAAACGAGAAAGGAAUUCUUGACAAGCCCUUUGGAAGGCUGCGUUGUGCAACUUCACUGCAAGUCAUUCAUUGCGGAGAUGAAAAACAAUAAGUCCAAAAAUGGCUUGGCGGACCGGACUUUCCUAAAGAAACCACCACAAGGUACUAGCGGUAACUCACGCCGAUCGAAAGACAGAGUUCCAGGCCCCUCUGGGAAAUUCAAAAAGCAUUUUCAUGCCAGGAAGGAUCACAAGGUGGCUACCCGGGUUGUUCCAGACUUCAUCCCAACGCAAGACAGGGUCGGACACACAGGACGCCAGGAUGAACGGUUGACGAUGAAUCGGACGCGUCUCGUUCCCACGAAACAAGUCAACGAUCAGGUGGCAGUUACUUUCGCUGAACUUGACCGCAAGAUCCCGUCCCCCAAGGAGAUGAAAGAAAUCCAAGCUCAAGUUCUCAAAAGUCGAAAGCAGGCAGAAGCUGACAAAAAUGGAAUCUCGAUUAGCAAAGCACCGACCGAAGCGGAUAUCGUUCCUUUGCACAGAGGAUACUUCUUUUCUUUGAGGAUCACCUCGACCACUGCGCCAGCUAUUCUGGAGAAAAUCGAUAUCGGUGGUACUCACGGGAAAUCUUUCCGAUACGUGGGGCAGAAAUUGCCCCACACCGUUGCCGAAAAGACCGAAGCCAACUUCAUCUUUCUGCCAAAUUUCCCCGGAGUCUUUCGUGUCGGCCUGACCUUUCAGUUUUCUACAUGCUCCAUUUUGCGAACUCUAACUUUCAAAGGAGGCGACAAGAAAAUGCAUAAAGAGGUGGAGCCUCAAAGCCUAUACGAAAGAAAGAUAUCUAACAUACACAGCCAGAAGCCGAUAGAAAUAUUCGCCCCGCCACCGGAAGGAAAUCACAACGGUACCAGAAACCCUUUCGCAAACCUCCCACUCUACAAAAUUCCAGCAAACGUGGAAAAAAUGAUCGGGAAUCCUGAAUUUGAAAAUGCGAUUGAACUCCCUCAUGAGGACGGUAGGAACUAUGCAAAAUUCUACCAGAGUAUGCUUUGGGCAAGCGAGUUGCAGGCCUACCGCGAUAUCAAGCUUUUCGAUCUUGAGGGCGCCAAAUUGAAGAGAGAAGGCAAAUUCUUUAAACUGACUGUUGAAGGCCUAGCCGAAGGCCGCCCUUCCGUUUUACGAGGCGAUAUGGUAAAUGUCACUUGGAAUCGUCGUUUGUACCAGGGCCGUGUCGAACGAACGCUAUUGCUUGAAGUAGUUCUGGAAUUCCACCAAUCCUUUUCUCGCUCAUUUAAUCCAACGGCUGACUCCGUUGAUGUGAGAUUCACAUUCAGCCGCAUGACAUUCCGUAUUUCUCACGAAGGAGUGAUCGAAGCACAGCACCAGAUGAAGGAUCCACUGUUUCCUAAUAUUGAAAGUGUUGCCUCAAUCAAAGGUACACAAGUCGGGCGGGACAAUUCGUCGCGUCUGGAAUGGGGAAAUACUGCUUUGAACGACGAACAAAGACUUGCUGUUACAAAAGCUGUGGAGGGUGCGCUGCGUCCACUCCCUUACAUUAUCUUUGGUCCUCCUGGUACAGGGAAAACCACCGCGGUUACCGAAACUAUCCUCCAGUUAGCAAGGCACAAAAACGGACUAAAAAUUCUUGUCACUGCACCAUCGAAUGAUGCUGCCGACGCUCUCGUUGAACGACUGGUGUCGUACUUUUCUCCAUCUGACCUCAAGCGCGUGAUAGCGUACAGUAGAAACGUAGAUAGCGUCCCCUCUUUGAUUCGCAAGUAUACUAAGGAAGGGUUGACCAGUGAUGGGCAGCUCAAUCAGAUUUUGUCCGGGCGUAUUGUGGUUUGUACCGUCAAUUUAGCGGCGCGGUUCUCUCGGCUCGGCGUUCCUCGUGGCUUUUUUGAUGUCCUCUGUGUCGACGAGGCUGGACAUGCUAGUGAACCCGAAGUAGUUUCAGUAGCAUCGACGCUACUAAAUUUCAGCCAUGCUGACGAACAACUCGGCGCCGGUCAAAUUAUUUUGGCAGGCGAUCCGAAACAACUUGGUCCAAUCGUCACUUCUGAUCUCUGUCGGCGCUAUGGGAUGUCUACAUCUUACAUGGAACGUCUAUCUAAGCGUUCAAUCUACUACAAAGAAGACGGACAAUACCCGGCGGAAUUAAUUACGAAGCUGGUCCAGAACUAUCGAUCCCAUCCUGCAAUAAUCGAGCUUCCGAACAAGAUGUUUUACGAAAACGAUUUACUGUGUCGUGGGGAUACUAAAUGUACUCAUAGCCUCGCGAACUGGGAGAAAUUACCUGUGAAAGGCUUUCCAGUUAUGUUUCAUUCAAUGACGGGUGAGAAUCUCCGUGAGGGAUCCUCUCCAUCUUGGUUCAACCCCGAAGAAGCAAUUCAGUCUUUCAACUACGUAGAUAUCCUUUUAAACCACUCUCGGCCACCCUUAAAGCAAGAUGAUAUUGGAGUGAUAACUCCAUAUGCACGCCAGGCCCAGAAGAUUCGUUUACUGUUGAAGAAUCGUGGCAUCAACGACGUGAAGGUGGGAUCAGUCGAAACCUUUCAAGGACAAGAGAGGCAGUGCAUCAUUCUGUCGACGGUCCGAUCAGAGACUGAACACAUCAAGCAUGACCUGCGAUUCAACCUUGGAUUUGUCGCCAGCGCCAAACGCUUCAAUGUGGCACUCACCAGGGCCAAAGCGCUUCUCAUAGUGAUCGGUUGCCCGACAGUGCUCAGCCUUGACAAGGAUCAUUGGCUUCCAUUUCUAAGGUACUGCCGUGAGAACGGCUCUUGGGUAGGUCAGCCUUGGAAGGAACCAGAAACGGACGUCUCUUCAGAUCCGGGUAUUGCUUCUCAACUUGAAGACAACAUUCGGGAGUGUAUCGAUAGCCCGAGCCAGGUAGUCGAGCAAGAGGGAUUAGCAUUUUCUGGUAGGGUUUUAACAGUAAAUGCAGGCGACACAGAUAAAACCUGUUAAAAAAGCACUUCCCUCUUUUGGCAGACGAUGCAAUUUUGCCACACCAUGGACAGCAAGCGAGUUACAAACAGAAGUACAGGAAAAAACAAUGCAACUGCCCAGCGGAGGACACGAACUGGGCCUCUUUGCACUAUAGACAUCAGCAAUCGAGCCACUAGGUGGCUUGCCCCCUCGACUUUUGGGUUAACAAGGAGCUGGAGAGCCAUUCCAGGCGCAAUCCAUCUCUGAAAAAGUGGUUUUGGCUUAAGAACUCCUGUAAGCUCGUCAAAGUCUCCAGUGAAAAAGGUAACAAACACAUCCAUGAAGCAAAUAAAGCCCACAAAAGCGAAGAACCUGUGAAUGCCGAAUUCGAGCACCUGAAUGUAUAUAGUUUGUAGCCUCUCGUAGUACUCCGAACAAUACCAAGGCAGGGAGUCUUGGGCGGCAUGACGAUGCUUUCUCUUCAAGUAUAUGAUUUUGCGUUGGAUGGCUCGUAAGAUGAGUGGUCCCGACAGGACACUAUUUUCUACAGCACAGACUUCUUGUUCCCG